AUGGCAACUGAGGCCCCGUCGCCAGCGGCCUCGCAGUCCCGCCCUACCAGGGGCCGGGGCAGAGGCGGCCGUGGCGGAGGCAGAGGUCGAGGAGGCGGCCGCGGCGGAAAGGCCAAGACCACCACUACCAAAGACUACAAAGUCGUUCCCCGCGGCAUCUUCAACUCGCGUGGCAGAGUUAAGACCUUUGUCCAAUCGCGUCCCCAAGCGUCCUUUGACCGCCAGCGGCACCUGAAGGACACGUUCCGCGCGGUAUGCAAGAACAUGAAGCCCGCCUUGGAGGAGUUGGCCAGCCGUACAAUCGGCCGCUUGAAUGGCCGAAAGGAUGCCUACAAAGACUACGACGAGACACCAAAAGUCAAAGCCGCCCUCGACGCGAGGCUGGCCGAGGUCAAGCAGCAGGAGGAGAUCCGCCAUACCUUGGGGGUGAAGAUGGCAAAACGCAGACUGGAAGCCGAGGAAAUGGUUGCCCAGCUGCAAUACCAGAACGGACUCGAUGAGUUGUAUGAUGAGUGCUACGACGGCAUGCUCGAAAGACUUCGCUUGUUGGAGACCAUGCACGCAAGGGGCCUUCCUGUCGACGUCCGUGAUGAUCGUUAUGAGUACAGAGUCAUCUCUGACGACCACCUUGACAAUGAAUUUGGCGUCUAUCAUGAGUACAAGGAUGGCAUUCUCGUGCCUUAUCCAGCUCGAGUGGAAGGUACUCAACGAUGGAAGGAAGGCCAGCAGUCCAAGGAGGACGCCAAAGCCGACAAGGCUGCCAAGGCCGCGGCACUCAAAGAGAAGAACAACACCACCAGAGGCCGUGGAGCUCCCAAGCGAAAGCCCCAAGAUCAGCCCGAGGAUGCACCGACGCCCAAGAAGGCCACUCGGACCUCUGCCCGCCUCGCAGCUGCCGGUCUCUCCGAGACUGGUGCCGCCAAGGGCCUGCUUGCCGCCGACGAGGAGGCUUCUGCUCCAUUUGGGACUGAGACGCCCGACGCUGAGGAUUCCACGCCAGGAUCCCCAGACCAGGAAGAAGGGUCCGCGUCGAAUGCCACUGAGGGCCUCUUCCUGCCCAAGUCAGCGACCGACGCUGAUGACUUCGGCCUUCGCUCCUGCGAAUGGCGCCACGACGGCGUCAACGUCGUCCACAACCGCUUCAUUCUACCUCAGUACUUCCGGUUUGGCGAUGGGGAGAUUGGCUUCAGCGACUCUCGCAAUUCUAAGGAACAUCAGCGCAAGAAGCAGGCAGCUGCAAAUCCCUUCACCGGGAAGCCGAAUUCUGGGGCCUUCUACUUCGAUCACAGAAUCGUGGACUACGACUCAUCUCAUCUCACGGCCAGAAGCCUUGAUCAAGAGCUUGUGACCAAACAUGGCCUUCAUCCCACGACCGGUCUGUUCCUUGCCGAGAGCAAGAAUGGAAAAGAGCCCGCUCGACCUUACGUCCUGCCCGGCAAGCCCGUCGUCUAUAUUGCCAACCCCUCUGGACGGAUUGCACAUGCUUCCCGGUCCUUCCAAGUCACAACCACUCAACGCAGCGUUGAGGAGGCUCCCGAUCGGUCUGACAUGCGAUCCGUCCUUCGCAAGUUCUGCAAGAAGAACGAAAUUGACCCCGAGGUCAUGGAUUUGAUGGGCUAUACCCUAUCUGAUGAGCAACUCCGUGCCAAGUCUCUCGGGACGGCGGAGCUCAACGCGGAUCAGACCCAGUCUGCAUCCGAGGAGACCACUUCUGAGGUUGAAAACACAAUUGAGCCUCCUGCCGCCGCAGAAACCGACGAACGCGAUGAUGGAGUGACUGGACUCUCCAUUCUGACAUACGCGACCGCGGUGUGCCAAGCCGAGGAUUUAUCCCGGGCUGCCCCAGCAGUGGCCAAGAGCUCCCGUUAUGAUGCCAUUCGCGACGUCUUUACGUCGUCCAAGCCCGACCCCACCCCGAAACAGGAUGCUGGCUCUUAUGGCAUGAACAUGCUGGCUCAAAUUUGCAAUGUCGAGCCUCCUAUGUCUGGCAGUACAUCCAACAUUAGCCACGCAGCUCUCGCGGCUGCUCUCACCCAAGGCCAGACGUUGCAGGCUUCUGCGGCGAGCACCGCUGCGGCUGAUACUCAUGUCGCUUCGAGCAACGUUCUAGCUCACGACCAGCACAAGAGCCAUGACCAUACUACGCACUAUGUCCAACAACAAGAGACAACUCCUUCUACACUUGAACCGCAACACGAGCAUGCAGUUCAACAACGCGGCAACGCCCUGCCGCCUCCCAUACAACAGCCGGAUAGAGGAAUGAUGGCGCCCGUCAUGUCUCAUGAGAGAGGAGUUCAACCGCAGGACCGAAGCCAGCACGACCGAAGCCUAAUGCCUCAGAUGCCGCAGCAAGACAGCGGUAUGAUGCCGCCGGUGCAUCCCCAGGACAGCCGUAUGAUGCAACACCAUGCGGGUCAGCAGGUAGGCACAAUGAUGCCACACCCAGACGCCAGACAUACCGAGUACCUGCACCAGCAGCAGCCUUCUCACCACAGUGGCCACCCUAUUCAGGAGGACCAACACUUCCGAGCUCCGAGCUUCUCGCACCCAGAUGCUCGCGAGCCACCUUAUCCGUCGAUUCGCCCUGGAGACCAAGCUUACGAUCACAGGGGAAUGGCGACGUACGCGGGAGAAGCACAGCAAGCUGCCUCUCACGUGUAUGGCAGCCAGCCUCGUUGGGAUGCAACACCACAGCCAGGACCUGCGCCAGUUGUGCCUGCAGUCGCACCUUCGCAUCAGUACCCUCCUCUACCGCAGCCUACUCUUGGAGGUACGACCCCGUCGAGAAUCCCGUUCUCGCUCAACGCCAGCGCAGAUCCAUUGCCUCCCCUGCGCCCUACCCGCGGACGGUUUCAGAUGAUGACAUCAGAGGAUAACGUGCACGAGCAAAACAUGCGACCGGAAGCUGAUUACUACCCAGGAGGCCACCACCGUGGAUAUCCACGUGGAUAUCCGGAGCCGCAGGCAUCGCAGCAGCCGCUCGCACCGGAAAGAAUUCUACCUAACCCCCAACAGCAAGGCCAGCAGCCGUUCAUGGGAUCGCCGCCUCCGCCGGGAUUCGUCCACCAGCAGCAGCCCAUGGCUCAUUCCCCGACGCUCGGAAGCCUGUCCGCCAUGCCGGGCCAAUCUAUCCAGCAAAGCCCACCGGGAACACCUCACGGAACCGCCCACCACCACCGAUCCACCCCGUCCGGAGAUGCAAGCAAUGGGAAAUACCGCAAGCUGCAGCCAGCGCCAGUGCCACCGCACAGAGCCUCCUGGACUAACAAGCCAGAGCUUAAAACCAUUCUGUAUGAUCCUAAGGAGACUGGGUCGUCGGCCGCUUUGCCGAGCUCUGGGCCGACUACCAUUAGGGGAUGGAAUGUUAACCAGCCUCGCAAACGUAGCAAGCAGGAGCGGGCCGACGCUGCCAACGAUCGGGAGGACUCCAGAUAG